AUGAAGCGCUACGGGCGGCUGUCUGGCCUCCGGCUAGGCCUUGCAGCACUCGUCGCGGGUCUCGUUGCCAUCAGCUUCCUCGCGACCCACGCCAGCGCCGCUGAUGUGUGGGUGAGUGGUGGAGUGUGGGUGAGUGGUGGAGUGUGGGUGAGUGGUGGAGUGUGGGUGAGUGGUGGAGUGUGGGUGAGUGGUGGAGUGUGGGUGAGUGGUGGAGUGUGGGUGAGUGGUGGAGUGUGGGUGAGUGGUGGAGUGUGGGUGAGUGGUGGAGUGUGGGUGAGUGGUGGAGUGUGGGUGAGUGGUGGAGUGUGGGUGAGUGGUGGAGUGUGGGUGAGUGGUGGAGUGUGGGUGAGUGGUGGAGUGUGGGUGAGUGGUGGAGUGUGGGUGAGUGGUGGAGUGUGGGUGAGUGGUGGAGUGUGGGUGAGUGGUGGAGUGUGGGUGAGUGGUGGAGUGUGGGUGAGUGGUGGAUUGUGGGUGAGUGCUGGAGUGUGGGUGAGUUCUGGAGUGUGGACCCGUGUGCCGACUCUCCUUGCGGGUCAACUGCACUGUGCAUCAGGAACAGCAACGGCACUCGCACAUGCGAGUGCUGUGUGGGUGAACGCUGGAGUGUGGGUGAACGCUGGAGUGUGGGUGAACGCUGGAGUGUGGGUGAACGCUGGAGUGUGGGUGAACGCUGGAGUGUGGGUGAACGCUGGAGUGUGGGUGAACGCUGGAGUGUGGGUGAACGCUGGAGUGUGGGUGAACGCUGGAGUGUGGGUGAACGCUGGAGUGUGGGUGAACGCUGGAGUGUGGGUGAACGCUGGAGUGUGGGUGAACGCUGGAGUGUGGGUGAACGCUGGAGUGUGGGUGAACGCUGGAGUGUGGGUGAACGCUGGAGUGUGGGUGAACGCUGGAGUGUGGGUGAACGCUGGAGUGUGGGUGAACGCUGGAGUGUGGGUGAACGUUGGAGUGUGGGUGAACGCUGGAGUGUGGGUGAACGCUGUGGCGCAGAGACGUGCAUUCCUGGUGAGUGCUGGAGUGUGGGUGAGCGCUGGAGUGUGGGUGAGUGCUGGAGUGUGGGUGAGCGCUGGAGUGUGGGUGAGUGCUGGAGUGUGGGUGAGUGCUGGAGUGUGGGUGAGCGCUGGAGUGUGGGUGAGUGCUGGAGUGUGGGUGAGUGCUGGAGUGUGGGUGAGUGCUGGAGUGUGGGUGAGUGCUGGAGUGUGGGUGAGCGCUGUGGCGCAGAGGAACAGCAACGGCACUCGCACGUGCCAGUGCCAGGACGGCUUUUUCUUCAAAGAAUCGGACAAGACGUGCAUUCCUGACCCAUGUGCCAACUCGCCUUGCGGGCCCUUUGGAGAGUGCAUCAGGAUCUACGACAGCACUCACACGUGCCACUGCCGGAACGGCUUUUUCUUCAUAGAAUCUGACAGGAUGUGCGUUCCUGGUGCGUGUUGGAGUGUGGUGAGUGUUGGAGUGUGGGUGAGUGUUGGAGUGUGGGUGAGUGUUGGAGUGUGGGUGAGUGUUGGAGUGUGGGUGAGUGUUGGAGUGUGGGUGAGUGUUGGAGUGUGGGUGAGUGUUGGAGUGUGGGUGAGUGUUGGAGUGUGGGUGAGUGUUGGAGUGUGGGUGAGUGUUGGAGUGUGGGUGAGUGUUGGAGUGUGGGUGAGUGUUGGAGUGUGGGUGAGUGUUGGAGUGUGGGUGAGUGUUGGAGUGUGGGUGAGUGUUGGAGUGUGGGUGAGUGUUGGAGUGUGGGUGAGUGUUGGAGUGUGGGUGAGUGUUGGAGUGUGGGUGAGUGUUGGAGUGUGGGUGAGUGUUGGAGUGUGGGUAAGUGCUGGAGUGAGGGUGAGUGCUGGAGUGAUGAGGGUGAGUGCUGGAGUGAGGGUGAGUGCUGGAGUGAGGGUGAGUGCUGGAGUGAGGGUGAGUGCUGGAGUGAGGGUGAGUGCUGGAGUGAGGAUGAGUGCUGGAGUGAGGUGCAAGUGCAAGGAGGGUUAUCUCUUCGAGGAGAUUGGCAAGACGUGCUACCCUGACCCGUGUGCCGUCGUUUACCGUGGGCCGAGUGCUGAGUGCGUUGUGAAGGAUGACGGCUCUGCCAAGUGCCAGUGCUACGAUGACUCGCGCUUCCAUGAUGCUACCAAGACGUGCAUUCACGUUUGGGUGAGUGGUGGGAUAUGCGUGAGUGUUGGAGUAUGGGUGAGUGGGAUAUGCGUGAGUGUUGGAGUAUGGGUGAGUGGUGGGCUAUGCGUGAGUGUUGGAGUUUGGGUGAGUGGUGGGAUAUGCGUGAGUGUUGGAGGUGGGAUAUGCGUGAGUGUUGGAGUAUGGGUGAGUGGUGGGAUAUGCGUGAGUGUUGGAGGUGGGAUAUGCGUGAGUGUUGGAGUAUGGGUGAGUGGUGGGAUAUGCGUGAGUGUUGGAGUUUGGGUGAGUGGUGGGAUAUGCGUGAGUGUUGGAGGUGGGAUAUGCGUGAGUGUUGGAGUUUGGGUGAGUGGUGGGAUAUGCGUGAGUGUUGGAGUUUGGGAGCUGGAGGCGUCCGUUCGUGAGCACCACCCUCACUUGCGUGAUGAGGAGGUCGACCUCAUUGUGGAUGGUCGUCUACUACGCAUGGUUCGGGAGCGCGCGGCGGAGCAAGCACCUGCGAGCAGCCAGCAAGGAGGAACUAGUGAAGGAGGAGCUAUGCAUGAGGCUCCUAGUGCUGUGGGCAUUGGUGGAGGAGCUCUUGCACCGACCAUUGACACGGGAAUAAUCGGCACGAGCUAUGGCCAAUUCAAGUUUGGAGUUGAGCACAUCUCGCUCAGGAAGGGAGACGAUGAGACAGCGGAAUCCUACUGCAAUAGGGCCCGCACCAUCCGAGCGGAGCCGCUGACCAUUGGACAGGAGGUCCACAUGGCCACGUUUGCUGCCCACGUGCUGAAAAGCCUACCACCGGAGUACGGAUUUCUUCGCCGCAAGCUCGAAAUUUCCAGCCCUGACAUGAUGGUGGAACGCGUGUGCAGCGAGGUGUUGAUGGAGGAGCAGACUCUCUCCAUCGAACAGAGUUACAAGCAGAUCACCAGCGAUGCAUCUGCUUUCUCGGGCGCUGUCAACACCAUCGUGGCUACAACCGGGGUCAACGAGAAGGAAGGAAAAGGGGGGAGGGAGCAGACGGACAAGAAGAAGGAUGGCAAGCGGGAAAAGAAGCGAGCCCCCUUCAAGGGGCGCUGCUACAACUGCAAUGAGGAGGGGCACAUGGCUGCCAUGUGCCUCAACAAGAAGAAAGAUACAACGCCCGCGGCAGCCGCGAACGUAGCUGAAGGAGACGGGAAGGGAGUGGCGCUCACCGUCGCGUGUUCGGCGGCAAAGUUGCUGGCCGAGGACAAGGACUUGUGGUUCCUUGACUCCGGAUGCUCCCAACACAUGACCGGCCGCAAGGAGUGGUUCACAGUGAUCCGUGACCCAUCUGCAAUGAAAUCAGUCAAAGGGCUUGAUGGUUCUAUGCAGGAAGUUUCCGGUGUUGGUGAGGUUUUGCUGGAGGGCACUAAUAGCUUACGUGUGACCCUACAUGAUGUCCUCUUUGUGCCAGGAAUGAAGGCCAACUUGGUCUCCCCUGGGCAGCUCUUGGACAAGGGAGCAAAGCUGCAAACUGAGGAAGGUGUCACUUGCAUCAUCGCAUCAGGAGGUCAAGUGGCUGCAACGGCACGAUACCGCCAUCGCCUUCACUGCCUUGACCUGAAACCAGGGCCAACAAGGAACGGUGCAACGGCUGCAGCGGCAUGCAACGGCACGGCGGCUGCAGCGGCAUGCAACGGCACGGCGGCUGCAGCGGCAUGCACCAAUAUGGCAGGUGGAGCGGCGAGCAACAGCACAGAGGCUGCAGCGACAUGCAACGGCACGGCGGCUGCAGCGGCAUGCAACGGCAGGGCAGCUGCGGCGGCAUGCAACGGCAGGGCGACUGCGGCGGUAUGCAACGGCACGAUGGCUGCAGCAAUAUGCAACAAUACGGCAGCAUGCAAUGGCAUGGCGGCUGAGGUGGCAUGCAAUGGUAUGCCUAAGGCAUUUGCUGAGGUGGUGUCAAGCGCGUCGGAAGAGAAUGACGAAGCGGCCAGCCUCACAACAUAUGCGGUGGGGACCGAGGCGAUGCUCAACCUGCGGCACACUCACCUUGAGAAUGACCAUGCUGGUGCGGUGCAGUGGACAGCCACAAACAGUGGCAUGCUGGGCAUGGACCUAGAGAAAGGAGGGGAGGACACGUCGAGCGCCUCCUCCCAAGAAGCCAAACUCACUCGUCAAACGCUUCCGCUGCCUGACGAGCGAGAGGGGGAGGUUCUUGGGAUGGUCCAUGGCACUGAGCAGAAUCAGCCGCCGUCACGUACCGUCAUCAUAAUCUCAGUGCCGUCCGUGCAAGGGGGCGAACAACCGUUUGAUCGUUCGGUUGACCCUACGGGCAGCAACGCAACCAUGGCUCCGUCAGCUCUCUGUCCAUCCUUAGCUGCUGGCUUGGCACCUGUGGGACCAGAGGUUGGUCCCUCUGCAGAUGAACGGCGUGCAGCUGAUGAAGACAAAGAAGGGGAGGCAACGGACCUGAAAUCGGCGACAACCCAUGGGAAGGACCCCAUACCUACGGUUCCGCCCCUCCAGCCCACUUCCCCACCCCCAUGUCAUUCUAGCAGGUCCAACAAAGGUAUGCCACCUGUUCGGCUUCCCGCAUCCACCAUGACAGCCUCGGAUGCGGUUGAUGGCAACAACAUGUACGGCAUUGCAUUCUUUACUAGAGGUGCUUAUGGCACGGACAUCUACUAUGAUGUGGAGUAUUUGGAUGAGGCUGAUGAGGAGGAAAGGGGAUUGAGGAGCAUCAUCAUCAACCUCGAAGUAACCUUGACUGGACCUGAAGGCAAGGUGGUAGACAAACGUCUCCUCGUGGUGGAAUACAUGUCAUCCACGGAAGGCUAUCUUGUUUGGGUGAGUGGUGGGAUAUGCGUGAGUGUUGGAGGUGGGAUAUGCGUGAGUGUUGGAGUAUGGGUGAGUGGUGGGAUAUGCGUGAGUGUUGGAGGUGGGAUAUGCGUGAGUGUUGGAGUUUGGGUGAGUGCUGGGAUAUGCGUGAGUGUUGGAGUUUGGGUGAGUGGUGAAGCAGGGAUGGAGCUGUUGAGUGUGGUGAUUUCUUGUUUGUGGGAACUUCUUGUGUGCGAGUAA